AUGCCGGGCUUCCUGGUGCGCGGAGCCCGGGGGAGGCUGUGCGUGGGCCUCGCCUGCGCCCUGGGCCUUUGGAACACAGUGGCUGCUAUUAAAGGAGAAGCCAAGAAGGAAAAGGUCACAACCUUCCUACCGACAACAGGGUCUGGCAAUGAGGGAGCCGAGAAGGAAAAAGCCGGGGCUUUCCUUGGUGCGACAGAGCUGCCUGCGAGGGCGGUGGACCUGUCCGCCCUGAACCUGACGGAGGUGGUGAACGGCAUGCUGAGCAGAGCUUUAAAAGAUCGCAAGAAAUUCUUCUCCUUGCUCAGCAUCACGUCCUACAGCUCCUUCGCCUUCCACAAGCUCUCGGUGGCCGUUUACAACAUUUCUAACCUGAAGACGGUGGACCAGGCCAGGUUCCCCACGCGGUACUGCUACUGCUUAAGCAAUCGGACCAAUGACCUGUCAGAUUUCACAGCCCUGCUGGUGGACAUCAUCGGGAAUUCCACCAGCUACCUCACCGAGAUUUUUAAGUCGACCUCUAUCCUCUCAGUGAGUCAGACGAAUGCCUCCGACUGCAUCUUCAUCUGCGUGAUGACGGGGAAGGCAGGACGGAACCUCUCUGACUUCUGGGAGUUGGCGGAGAAAUCUCCGGUCAUCAAUUACACCUUCACCAGCAGCCUGGCCGAGGCUCCAGGUGAGUGGAAACGGGGGACAGCUGUGGCUUCCAAGCUCACACCCACAAGCCAGCAAACACCGCCGAGGACAAGCCCUCCACGCCCAGCCCGGAGCACCAGCGCGUCUGCUCUGAGAGCCUCUCCCUGGACCGAGGUGCCUGAUCCUUUAGAGGGAGAGCAGGCGGUGAACACAGACAGACUUCCUGAACUCCUCGCCACGGCCACGGCCACGGCCACUCCGGGCAGCGUCUCCCCCACCCUCCCAGGCUCGGGGACACUCACCCCGGGCACACAGACUUCCAGUCCCACCAAGGCCCCGGCCCCCCGGUAUCCACAGACAGGUGACCUUCUGCGGCCAUUGCCCCCUGCAGAGGAGCCAGCCCUGGUCCCGGGACCCCACCACGUUCAUGUCUCAAGAACUGGAUCCCACUUGUCCUCCUCCGACCUCUCAGACCUGGCGCAGAGCUUUACGGGGCAGCGGGUGAAGGACGCCAGGCUUCCCCGAUGUCCUCAGCAGCUCCUCAGAGAAGGGCCCCUGACAGCCGGGCCCCUCCCCGGGGCCGCCCACAAGCUCACCCCCUGCCUGAUGGAGCUGUGCCGGUUUUUCCAGCAGUGCCUCUGCGCGAGCCCAAGGAGGGACCCCAGGACGGAGGCCAUGAGGUACUGCCUUGAGUUCUAUUCCUGGUUUCUGAAGAACGCAACCCACAUCUGCCAGGAGGCGAAGAGGGUGCCCCACUCGCGCACCUUAAAACAACGAUGCCUGGAGAACAUCUGCAGGUCUGUGUGAGCCUUGAGAGAACAACGGGACCUCACCAUGAACCCAGCCGUCUCUUCACCCUGGCCCCUGGCCCCUGGCCCCAGUGGGCUGCACUGGCAGGA